AUGUUGGAAGCAUCGGUUCCAACGGUGAAGGAUCACUGUCGAGUGAUUAUUUAUGUUAAGCAAUUCGGUCCUCGAUCACCGGCUUUGUUUAAUUGCCUUUUGGAACGAUUACAGCGAGUACAGUGCUUGCAAGUAUCGGAUAACCCGAAAAGGAUUUUCGUUGCUGAUUUUAGUGCAACAAUUAAUGCAGAUUUGAUCAGAUUUGGCGAACUUCAGGCUCAUCGUCGCAUUAUUGGGUUCAUUGGCGUUGUUCAAGCGCCAAUUGAAGAUGAGGAAACAGAACUGUCACAGCUACUUUCCGACAUAGAUGUAACAGAUCUUCAAACUGACGAUUCGAAUCCAAAGGCAUAUUAUCUUGCAAAAAUCAAGGAGCAAUAUGAUUUUGUAAAGGCUGAGUACGCGUCGACUGUUGUGGAUUCGCGAUGUAUUGUUAUCGGGUAUCCAGAAGAAUCUGUGGAAGGAUUUUGUUCUUCGCGAGAACUGUUUUGUUUUAAAACUCUCGAUGAUGCGGAUUCACUGGAAAUGGGUAUACGAGAUUUUUUACGCUCCAUUUACUACGUUCUGGAAAGUCGUCGACUUGAUCUUUCCUUCGAAAAGCUGGAAUUCCCACCAUGUCCGGCGCUAAUUGACGAGCAAAAAUACCGUCAUGGUCUGGAAAAUAAAACCAGCAAAACAUAUAGGAAAAAGUGUAUUGGUCGCCUGCGGAAACAAGUUGCUGAUUACACACUCAUAACGGGACUGCCUACUUUAGCAAUGGAUUCCUAUCAGUCAGCGAUAGAAUUCCUCAAACAGGCUAACGAUUUGCUUUGGCUUGCUGCUGCUUACGAAGGUUGGGCUUGUGCGGUGAUGGUAGCAAAGUAUGAUCUAACAGAAGAAAGUUCUUCUAUUAGUGGAAUACAACGAAUUUCAUCGAUGACUUCCGAACAGAUUCUUGCUGCGCUUAAAACGAGCCAGUAUGGUGCAGGUGCUUCGACUGGACAUCAGAGACAUUGGUCGGAUGAAGAAUGUACAUUAAAGACUUUUUCUCGGUUGGGAGAAGUUCAAAUUUUAGAUGAGCGUUCUCUUCGUCAGUCUUUUCGAUUACGUUGGAGUGGAUCAGCUUGUGAUAAAUCCGGGAAGUGUGGGACCAAUUAUUUAGAGAUUGUUGAAAAAUUCAAAGCUGCACUGGAAAGCUACAAAAGAUUUUCAUUUGCUGCAUGGAUCGAAUAUGAAUGCAUGAUGAAAGCUGCUUCUGUUUUUCGAUAUCAGCGUUUAUAUGUAGAUAUGGAGGGUUUCAUAAGAGAGCAUAUUGGUAAAUAUCUUGAUGAUAGUUUUAAUCAGUUUGGUCAUUUCACAAAAGCUAUGAUAUGUCUCAAUUCUGCAGAAGUAUACCAUAAAAUUGGUUUUAAUCGAAAAUCUGCAUUUUUUGCUCGUCUAGGGGUUUUGUUUCGCUUACAUAUGGUGGAGAGCGGGAGUCGCGGUAUUGCGGACUACCGACAAGUGUAUCCAAUAUUAUACAGAACCUUGACGGGUUAUGGGAUACCUGAAAAUCCAAAAGAAUUCCCAAGUGAUUUAGUGAAAUUAGGACCAGUACAUAUUCAGAGAAGAGCUUUGCAUGAAGUUUUCAUGAGCGCAUUGCGCGCUGAGUACUACGAUGCAGCUAUACGCCACCUGUGCUAUAUUUUACAGGUCUAUUACGAUUAUAUGGAUCAAGAAACAUCCGAACGAAUGCUUGCAGAACUGACCAAACUAGUAGCAUCGCGAGAUGUUCAACACCAGCUCAGUCAGCACAUUUCGUUACCACAACAUGGACUUAUCAUACCGCCAAUUCAGAUGAUGCGUUUCCCGAAGCUUGAGAAGUUCGCUGUUUGUCCACUUCCGAGACAUCUUGCCGCAACGAUUAUUCGGCCCAAGCUUCACUCCGACAUAUUCAUUUAUUCCCCGUUUCAACAUGAAAUUGUUUCAAAAGUCACAUGGGUUCAAGAUUGCGCUUGCGAGGUUUCCAUAUCGGUAAUUAAUUGUCUGCCAUGCGAACUAUCUGUAUCCAAUCUUGCUUUACUUUCCGAAGGUUGCGCCUUUGAGCCAAUUCCUGUCCGACUCACUUUACCUGCAUGUGGUAAUAAUACAGAAGCUGUGGAUUUCAAACUCAUUGGAGUACCCAGGGAAUCGGGACGACUCACUAUAACUGGUUAUUCGUGCGAAAUACUUGGUGUGCGUAAUAUUUGUAGAUUACGAGAUUUUCCUGAACGUGUAAAAUCUAAAGGCUUUCUCUCAUCAGUGUUUGAUAUUGAAGUAUUGCCGGCUUUACCUGUUUUGGAACUAAAAACUUCAUUGAGUCGAGCUCCGAUCUCUGAAGAUGAUGUUGAACCAACCGCUGAAAUAACUGUUUAUUCUGGACAAACCUUUGAACACAGUGUAUCGUUGGUGAAUACUAGUAAAACUAUUACAAUACGGGAUGUAAAUUUAGUCAUCCGACAACCGAAGGUUUGCGGUGGUCCUUGUAUGAUUGAAAUAGCAAGCACUGAAUGGCUGGAAGAUAAUGGUAACAUUGUUCAGUUAAGGCGGAUCGAACCUUUGGAAAGGAAACAGAUCAAAUUCAGAAUUUUUGGAAUUGAUCCGUCGGCUAUGGCUGAAGAUGGUUCACAGAAAGAGCGAGAUAGUGAAGCAGAGGUUUCUAUAUGUGAUGCUCCAUCUACAGAAGAAACGCAUGACCGAAUACCGUUUACAGGGAGAUUAUUGACUUGUGAAUUCAUUUUUUUUUAUCGAGCUGACAUCGAUGGUCCUAGUGGAGAACAUUACGAAAGACGAUGUCGAUUACCUUUGGCGGUAUCAAUCGUUCCUGCGGUAACAGUUGCUGCUUGGCACGUGUUACCUGGUGAUGGACCGACAACGAGAUAUGUAGUUGUGGAUGUGACAAAUAAUACUGAAUGGGAUGCUGAACUAACUUAUGGGAAAGAUAGAGUUAUCAGCGUACAGCCGAAAGAGUUUUGCAGAGUACCACUUCUGUGCAAAUGUUGUUCUGAAGUGGCAUCGAAUGCAUUUCAAGAAGCAGCCAGCCGAGCAUCUCAUAUGAUGCAAAUGCAGGAAAUGGAAAGAUUACGUCAAAUUCUUGAACGUCAUGUUUCCUGGCAUCUGGAUAUUCGUUGGUCUAUCUCCAGUUCAAAUCUUUCAGGAUCAGUACCCGUUGGACCCUUACUCUCUUCCGUUUCACUUCUCAAACAACUUGUUGUACCAGUGAUUUCUAUUCAGGCUAGUAUCAAUGGAAUGCUGUUCUUGAGUGACGAUGAAAUUACUGUUGGCAUCGGUGAAAUAGUCGAGCUCAGUUUAAGUUUAAUUACUCCUACAAACGAUACUCGCUCAUUUGGUGGUUUAAUACAGCUUCUGUGUUACCGCGAUUUACAAAAUGGAUCCUUCAUUGAAAGUAACGAUAAUAUGAUUGUGCUAAAUACUGAAAGUGUACCAUUUCAAAUAGUGCAGGAAGAAGAGAUUGAAAUAGCUACUGUAUCACCUUCGGAUACCAUCUCGAUCGAAAAUGACUAUACACCAAUAGCAGCUGCUAAUUUCAGUAACGAACCUGUAGAACGAGUGGUAAUUCGAGAAGCAUUUCAUGCUGAUUUCCAACUUUUGUUUCGCCAUGAAGGAGCGCAUAAGAUCAGGCCGCUCAUUAUUCUGAACGACAAAUCACCUAUAAUUUCGCCAGAUGAAUUAUUUUAUUGUGCCAUUUCGUUCAAUGUGAUCACGAAGGUUUCAUGA